UUUACCGCGUUUUUUUUUUAAAUCGAGAGUUCGACCCCCAUUUCGACAGUGAUUCGAUUUUACAAAAUGGCGACACACUUGGAAUGACUUUGUGAUUUCUCGUGAUUGUCAGAAAAUUGUCUCCAUAAAAAUGGGACAAAAUCAUUCGGGAUCUGGAGGAACUGGUGGCGAUAAAAAAGACGAUAAGGAUAAAAAGAAGAAAUAUGAGCCUCCAAUUCCAACGCGAGUUGGAAAAAAGAAGCGACGCACCAAGGGACCGGAUGCUGCUCUUAAAUUACCUCAAGUCACUCCUCAUACACGUUGUAGAUUGAAGCUAUUAAAACUUGAACGUAUUAAGGAUUAUCUUCUCAUGGAGGAGGAAUUUAUUAGAAAUCAAGAGCGAUUGAAACCACAGGAAGAGAAAAAUGAAGAGGAAAGAUCAAAGGUCGAUGAUCUUCGAGGAACGCCAAUGUCCGUUGGUACAUUGGAAGAAAUUAUUGACGAUAAUCAUGCAAUUGUUUCUACAUCCGUUGGUUCGGAACAUUAUGUUUCGAUUCUUUCAUUUGUCGAUAAAGAUCAAUUGGAGCCAGGAUGUUCAGUUCUUUUGAAUCAUAAAGUUCACGCUGUUGUUGGAGUUUUAGGCGAUGAUACAGAUCCAAUGGUGACUGUUAUGAAACUUGAGAAAGCACCACAGGAAACUUAUGCCGAUAUCGGAGGUCUUGAUACUCAGAUUCAAGAAAUUAAAGAAUCAGUUGAACUUCCAUUAACUCAUCCCGAGUAUUAUGAAGAAAUGGGAAUAAAACCACCGAAAGGAGUUAUUCUUUAUGGACCGCCAGGAACGGGAAAAACUCUAUUAGCAAAAGCCGUUGCAAAUCAAACGUCGGCAACAUUUUUGCGAGUUGUUGGAUCGGAGCUUAUUCAAAAAUAUCUCGGCGAUGGUCCAAAACUUGUUAGAGAAUUAUUUAGAGUUGCUGAAGAACAUGCACCUUCAAUUGUUUUUAUUGAUGAAAUCGAUGCAGUUGGAACGAAACGUUAUGAUAGUAACAGUGGUGGUGAACGUGAAAUUCAACGAACUAUGUUGGAACUUCUUAAUCAAUUAGACGGCUUUGAUAGCCGAGGAGAUGUGAAGGUUGUCAUGGCGACAAAUAGAAUUGAAACACUCGAUCCUGCUUUAAUUAGACCCGGUAGAAUUGACAGAAAAAUUGAAUUUCCAUUGCCUGAUGAAAAAACAAAGAGAAGAAUCUUUAGUAUACAUACAAGUAGAAUGACACUAGCGCCUGAUGUUAAUCUUGCUGAACUUAUUAUGGCAAAGGAUGAUUUAUCAGGAGCUGAUAUUAAGGCAAUUUGUACUGAAGCUGGUCUUAUGGCGUUACGUGAACGUCGAAUGAAAGUGACAAGCGAUGAUUUCAAGAAAUCAAAAGAGAGUGUCCUAUAUCGGAAAAAAGAAGGUUCACCUGAAGGAUUAUAUUUAUAGACAUUUGUUUCAUUGAAAUUUUUUAUUUCCCCCACCUUUUUCUGAUAUUAACUCCAUAUUUACAAAAAUAAAAAAAAAUUGUACCGAAAUUAAUUAUUUGUAAUAAUUUAUAAUACUGAUUAAUUUUAUAUCAUAUUAAAAAUAAUAAUUAAAAUAAUAUGAGAUAAAAAAAAUAAUAAUAAAAUUUCUUAAAGUUUCAACUAA